CAUAUCUCUGUGUGUCUCUGCUCUGUAGCUACAUAUCUCUCUGUGUGUCUUUGCUCUGUAGCUACAUAUCUCUCUGUGUGUACAGCAUUCUUUCUGAUUCUACCCAUUUCUGUUUUCAUCCAUCUCUACCUCAACUUUUUCCUCUCAGUUGCCUUUCUCUAUUCUCUCUGUCACUCUCUCUCUUCCACUCUCUCUCUUUGUAAUAGUCUACAUUCACCUCUGCUACCGGUGGUCUCACUAUGAGUGGUAAUCUGUGGACGGAGGAGCAGUUCAACUGUCCUGUGUGCCUGGACCUCCCCAAUGAGCCAGUCACCAUCCCGUGUGGCCACAGCUACUGCAUGGGCUGCAUCAAGGACUACUGGAGCAAGGACAACCCUCGCUCCCCUGGAGUCUACAGCUGCCCCCAGUGCCGCCAGACAUUCUGUCCCAAGCCCUCCUUGUCCAGGAACACCAUGCUGGCAGAGGCUGUGGAGCAGCUCCGCAAGGGGGCCCUCACCACCUCCGCCAGGGAGUCCAUCCGGAGCGCCCACCGUGCCAACACCAUGGGUAGAGCCAAGGGAGGUUCCCGUGGUGGUGGUGUCAGCAGGCUGCCAGCCAUGGCCGUGCCCUGUGACAUGUGCCACGGCGCUGGAGACCAGCGGGCUGCAGUGAAGUCUUGCCUGGUGUGUAUGGCGUCCUACUGUGAGGCCCACCUGAAACCACAUCAGACGAAAGCGGAGUUGAAAAAGCAUGAGCUGAUUGCGCCCACGGGCAAGCUGGCGCAGAAGAUCUGUACCGAGCACAAGUACCUGCAGGAGUUCUACUGUCGUCAGUGCCAGAUGUUUGUGUGUUGGCUGUGCACCAGUAACCAGCACAAGGACCAUGAGACCACCUCCACCAAGGCAGAGCGCACAGAGAGACAGAAAGAGCUGGCUGAGGUGCAGACAGAGAAUCAUCAGAGACUGAAAGAAAGAGAAGGAGAGCUGAAAGACAUGAAGAAGAUGCUGGAGGCAACAAAGCGCUCAGCAGACAGGGUACAUGAUGACACAGAGACGGUGCUGUCGGAGCUCCAGCGCUCAGUGGAGAGGCUCCAGGAGCUGGUGGAGGGUGUGAUGAACCAGGCUGGGCAGGAGAAAGUAAGAGAGGCCCAGGAUGUGGUGGACAAGCUGGAGGCCGAGAUCUCGGAGCUGAAGAGGAGAGACAAGGACAUGAAGGAGGUGUUCCGCUGUGAGGACAACAUCCACUUCCUGGAGACCUGUGACUCUCUGUGCAGCCCGUUUGAGUGUAAUGAUCUGUUGUGUGUGGUGGCCAAUCCAGAGGCUACGUUUGAACCUGUACGUGAAGCCAUCCUGAACCUACGGGAGAGAGUGGAGGACAUGUGCAACGUGGAACUGGGCAAGAUCACCAAGACAGUGAAUGACACAACACUGUUCACCUUAGGAGACAAAGCAAAACAAAAUGGCGGCCAGAAGACGGGAGGGUUCAGGAGUUUGUUUUCUGGUCUGGGAUCCAAACCAACAACAACAAACAACAACCGUCCCUCAGCUCCCACACCGACUGUCUCCGUGGCGGUUCGAGGUCCUAACUCACGUGGUGUAGGCCUGCGCUCUCAGGAUGUUAGGAGCAGAGAGGAACCACGAGCUGACAGAGACAGGCCGAGGAGAGAGGAGAGAGAACCAGCCAGAGAGGCAGCCCCCAGACCAAGCACCAGAUCUAGUCCCACUCAGAGGCGGAAAAAGCCAGCCAGAAAUAGCCCUACCCAAAGUCGAAGAGAGACGCGCGGACGCAGUCCCAGUCCCACUUCAAGUCGUAAAGAGCCAGCCAGUCCCAGUCCCACUCCAAGUCGUAGAGAGCCAGCCAGACCCAACCCCACUCCAAGUCGUAGAGAGCCAGCCAGACCCAGCCCCACUCCAAGUCGUAGAGAGCCAGCCAGACCCAGCCCUACGCCCAGCCGGAGAGAGACACCCAGACCAGAACCCACCACCACCCCUACCCCCGGUGCUGUUACCCAAGCCACCCCAGCCUCAGGAGCUUUCAGCCGGAUAGGAUCCAUAGCAAGUCUCUUCCGCUCCCAUCGACGUGCCACACCGGCACCUGAGCCAGUCAGCAACAACACUGGUGGAGUUUACCAAUGGGGGAUGGGUGCACUGACUGAAUCCCAACCGGAAGUGAAUACCAGCCUUUUCCUGGAUCCGCCGACCCCUGACCCCAUCAUGAAUCAGAUGCCAGCUUUCCCUGCAUUGAGGGAGAUAGACAUCUCCAGCAUCCAGGCCCCAGAGCCCAGGAGCAGAGAGGAGUUCCUGCAGUAUGCCUGUACCCUGACCCUAGACACGAGGACAGCCCACCGGCGUCUGACCCUGUCGGAGAGCAACACCAAGGCCACCCUACAGGGGGCAGGGCAGCCCUACCCAGACUGCCCCCAACGCUUCGAUGGCUGGACCCAGGUGCUGUGCCAGGCCCCCCUUUCCGCCCAGCGAUGUUACUGGGAGGUGGAUUGGAGGGGGAAGGGGUCAUCAAUGGGCGUGGCUUAUGGAGCCCUGAGCAGGAAGGGGGCGGACGCCAGGGCGGGGCUUGGCUACAACGCCCAAUCAUGGAGCCUGGAGCUGUCGGAUACGUGUUGCACGGCAAUGCAUGACAAUGAGAAGAGGGACAUCCCGGUGACGUACUCGCCGCGUCUGGGGUUGUUCCUGGACCUCAACGCGGGCACCCUGGCGUUCUAUAGCGUGGCGGAGAGCAUGGCGCACCUGCACACGUUCCGUGCCAACUUUACACAGCCACUGUAUGCGGCCUUCGGGGUGGGAAGUGGGGUUGGUGUUGGACUGGACUUCGCUCUGAGUCAGUUCAGCCAGACAUCCGACAGCAUCAAGAUCUGCCCCAUGUGAUGAGACCUACGACCUCUGUAUAGAUCUGCCCCAUGUGAUGAGACCUACGACCUCUGUAUAGAUCUGCCCCAUGUGAGGAGACCUACGACCUCUGUAUAGAUCUGCCCCAUGUGAUGAGACCUACGACCUCUGUAUAGAUCUGCCCCAUGUGAGGAGACCUACGACCUCUGUAUAGAUCUGCCCCAUGUGAGGAGACCUACGACCUCUGUAUAGAUCUGCCCCAUGUGAUGAGACCUACGACCUCUGUAUAGAUCUGCCCCAUGUGAGGAGACCUACGACCUCUGUAUAGAUCUGCCCCAUGUGAGGAGACCUACGACCUCUGUAUAGAUCUGCCCCAUGUGAUGAGACCUACGACCUCUGUAUAGAUCUGCCCCAUGUGAUGAGACCUACGACCUCUGUAUAGAUCUGCCCCAUGUGAUGAGACCUACGACCUCUGUAUAGAUCUGCCCCAUGUGAUGAGACCUACGACCUCUGUAUAGGUCCCCUGAAUGGGGCGGCAGGGUAGCCUAGUUGGACUAGUAACCGGAAGGUUGCAAGUUCAAAUCCCCGAGCUGACAAGGUACAAAUCUGUUGUUCUGCCCCUGAACAGGCAGUUAACCCACUGUUCCUAGGCCGUCAUUGAAAAUAAGAAUUUGUUCUUAACUGACUUGCCUAGUUAAAUAAAGGUAAAAUAAAAAUAAAUAAAUAGAUCUGCCCAAUGUGAGGAGACCUAUGACCUCUGUAUAGAUCUGCCCCAUGUGACGUGACCUAUGACCUCUGUAUAGACCUGCCCCAUGUGACGUGACCUACGACCUCUGUAUAGACCUGCCCCAUGUGAUGUGACCUACGACCUCUGAUCCCCAUCUGCUAUCACCGCUUUAUAUGACAUAAUUUAACGAGAAUUAGUUUGUUUCCUAAACAUUUACAAAACAGCCCAAGUGUUGCACUUCUGACAAACAAAUUACAUACAAACACUAAUAGAAGACUGAACUGACAAAUGGUGUCUCACACACACACACACACACACACACACACACACACACACACACACACACACACACACACACACAC